CCAAACAAACUAUACUCUCGUACCACUUUAUAAACAUAAACAAAAUAAAAUUGAAAAAUUAUUUCAGUUUGUAUGGUUUGUAUUAUGCGUGAAAUCGUUUAUUAGUUAAGAAGAAAUAUUAUAUUUAAUUACAGGAAAUGGCUAGCAAAAGAACUGAAUUACCGCAUGUGGUACAAAAAUUCGACUGGGACUGUGGAAUUGCCUGUAUCCAAAUGAUUUUACUUCAAUUAGGACAAAUAUUUGAUGCCUCAGCAUUAUUUGGUGCACUGCCGAUCCUGGGGGUGACAGAAAGUGUGUGGACAAUAGAUCUGGCAAAUAUUUUGCGACAUUUCAAAAUAGAUUGUGUUUUCUAUACUGUAACUUGUGGUGUCGACCCUGGUUAUCAGGACGAAACAUAUUAUAAGGAUGACUUUAAAGCCGAGCAAACUCGGGUAAACACAUUGUUUGAAAAAGCCACAGAAAUGGGUAUUAAAAUUGUUAAAAGGUGAGUUUUAUAUACAGUACAACUUUUUCUUGCAUUUGGUUAAUUAUUAACACUUUAAUUAAAUAUUAAUUAAUUCAUAUUAUUAUUGCUAAUUAAGAUUAAUACACCCUUCUGGAAGUACGUCAUUUGGCUAUACAGCCUUGUUUUUGUGUAAACGAGAUUAAUUGAAUCCAAUCCUCUCAAUCACAAAAACGAGGCUCUAUCAGGCCAAUGUGAUGUCAUACUUUCCAGAAGGGUUGUUAACAAUUACUCAAUUAAAUAUUAAUUAGUUAAGAUACUAUGAUUGCUACUUUAGUUUACUUAAUGUAAUUAUGGAAUUAUUAUGUAAAUAAAAUUUAAUUAAUUGUUUAAUUAAUCUCAUUUCCAGGUCUAUAACUAUGGCAGAUAUUCUUACAAAGUUGGACGAAGGAAACGUUGCAAUUGUACUGGUCGACUCCAACAUACUCACAUGCAACUCUUGUGCAAAGAAAUAUGAACAAUGUCAAGAAAACAAUGCAAUAUAUCUCCCGACAUUUCCAUUUUCAAAUAAUGAUCGUACAAAAGAUUAUCAAGGACAUUACAUAGUUUUGUGUGGUUAUGACACUGAGGCGGGGGUUAUAUUUUGUAAGAAUCCUUCAUUAGAGGAUGUCGAAUGUUGUGUGAACAUCCCUUCAUUUGAUGCGGCAAGGAAAAGUUAUGGCACGGAUGAAGAUAUUAUAUUUAUAAAUAUGAGCAAAUAAAUAUGAACAUAUAAGUUUUUACAAAAUGUGUUUGAUAUUAUGUAAAUUGACAUAAUUGUGCAUGCUUGAUUGCUUAUAAUACCAAACCACACAAACAAUAAUCUGCAACAUACACAAACAACACCUGUAAUAUACUCAGUACCCAGCUUGUCAAUUACAGAUUGUAAAUUUUAUAGGAUGCGUAAUGUGACAAUAUUUUUUGUGAAUAUGUGCUUACGAUAUUCAUACCUCAAUCCAAGAAACUCAAAUCCCUAUAUGGGCAACUGCCCCCCCCCCCCCAAAAAAAAAACAAACAAAAAAAAACUUCACAAAACCAUGGCAAUUUGCACAAAUGCUGGGAAAUAUCAAGAAAAUUGAGGCAGAUUUAUAAAAAAAUAUGUUAAAUUCAGGUUAGUUCAUUACAAUCUUCCAUAAAAAAAUUGGGCAAACAUUCAACUGCCCCCCCUGUCCCUUUGAACUUUGAAGACUAAAUUCAUGUCAAGUCGCCUCAAAUAUUGUCUACUGUUACACCUUGUUCUAAAUUCUUCCUUUCCAAUGGAUUAUUGAAAGUGAUUAUAUAUUUUUAUAUUUAUUUGAUAUAGAUGUUUUUGUGGAGUGUGAACAAUUUAAUUAGUCAAUAUUUGGUAAAAUACACUGUCCAGUCUGGCUUUAUUGUCCUUGAUUUUUAUCCCCCUCGCGAAUGACAUGUGGUUUGUAGUCGGGUUUCACUGCAUUUGAUAAUUCUUCUGCGUACAUAUCCAGGCGAGAUGUAGCCUGAAAAAGAAAUCAUACAGCUUUUUAAACAACAUUGCCACCCUACGACU